UCAAAAUAGAACGAUGGGCCAUUUUUCUCUGAAACACUGCACGCACCUCUCUGUACUAGCUUGGCUCUAUCUUCAACCUCCAUUAACAUGUCUUCCACUACCAAAACCCUUCAUUUCUGUAAUCAAAAAAGUAAUCUUUAUUCAAUAACACUCUAAAUACAGUAUUUUUUUUUCUAGUGUUGAGCUACCAAAACCAAACCACCACCCACUAAACUUAAACCAUCGAAACCAAAUAAAGAAGCCGGCUUUUAGACUGGUUAUUAGAUUUGAAGAAAUGGGGUGUGCUCAGUCUAAGGUGGACAAUGAGGAAUCAGUGUCGAGAUGUAAAGAGAGGAAGAUUUUAAUGAAAGAAGCUGUUUCAGCAAGAAAUGGUUUUGCUUCGGCUCAUUCUGGUUUCACAAUCUCACUUAAAAACACUGGCGCUGCUCUUAGUGACUAUGCUCAGGGUGAAGUUCAAGACUUUCACCAUCUUCACCAACAGAUACAGCCUUCUGCUGAUUCUAUUUCUCCUCCUCCGCCUCCGCCUCCGCCUCCUCCGUCUAUGGAGAGCUUUCCUCCACCUCCUCCGCUCCCUAAUUUCUCUCCUAGCCCCAUCAAGCGUGCGUUGAGUAUGCCUGAGAUUCCCUUGACGCAGAAAGUUGAAGGCGAUCACAUUGCUACUGUAGAAGAGGAAGAUGAAGAAGAAGAAGAAGAGGAGGAGGAUGGAGAUGAAUUGGAUCAUCACAGGGGUAGAAAUGGGAAUGUUGAGAGUGAUGUUAUUAGUAAGAAUAAAGGUUUAAGCAGGUCGCAGAGAGGUCCGGCUAAUGGGAAAGUGGGAUCGGAGGUAGCUUCUGCAGUGCCGCCAAUGCCGGAGGUGAAAAACAUGGCUUGGGAUUAUUUCUUCAUGGUGGAUAAUAUUCCUGGGCCGUCUUUAGAAUCUGAAGAUAGUAAUGGUGUGCACAAAAACGUGAGUGAUUUUGGUAGAGUUGGUAAUGGGGGCGUUGGAUUUGGUGGUAUUCAGAAUCAUGUUGCUAGUGAUAUUGAUGAAUUUGAGCCCAAGACGCCGGAGAAAGCGGCUGAACAUGUGGCGGCAGCCUCGACAACAGGGGAGGAGGUAGAGGUGGAGGUGGGGCAGAAGGACAAUCAGCAAAUUGGCCAUGCGAAAACAGUUCCUGCUGAUUUUAGGAUGGCUGGGAAGAAGGUGAUUUCUGUUCCUAGUGUUGAUUUGAUGCAGGUUCUGAAAGAGAUUGAUGAUCAUUUUCUUAAGGCAUCUGAGAGUGCACAAGAGGUUUCCAAAAUGCUUGAGACUACUCGCUUGCAUUAUCAUUCCAAUUUUGCAGACAAUAGAGGAUAUGUGGAUCAUUCGGCUAGAGUUAUGCGUGUCAUCACAUGGAAUAGGUCAUUUAGAGGUGUACCCAAUGGUGAAGUUGGUAAGGAUGAACUUGAUUCUGAAGAUUAUGAGACUCACGCUACUGUUUUGGAUAAGUUAUUAGCAUGGGAGAAAAAACUCUAUGAUGAAGUCAAGCAAGGGGAGCUUAUGAAGCAUGAGUACAGGAAGAAAGUUAAUCUGCUGAAUAAGCAGAAGAAGCGUGGUGCCAGUGCCGAAUCUUUAGAAAAAACAAAAGCUGCUGUAAGUCAUCUGCACACGAGAUAUAUAGUUGACAUGCAGUCCAUGGAUUCAACUGUUUCGGAAGUCAAUGAUAUUCGUGACAAGCAGUUGUAUCCAAAACUUGUUGAUCUUGUUGACGGGACAGCGAAAAUGUGGGCAAGCAUGCGUGUACAUCACGACAGCCAGCUGAAGAUUGUUACAGACCUUAAGUCCCUUGAUGUUAUCCACGCUGUCAAGGAAACUACAAUUCAACACCAUGCUCGCACCAAACAAAUUUAUAAUGUGGUACAAGAAUGGCAUUCACAAUUUGACAAGCUUGUGAGCUAUCAAAAACAGUAUAUUCAAAUUCUGAAUAGCUGGUUGAAGUUAAACCUAAUCCCGAUAGAAAGCAGCUUAAAAGAGAGAGUAUCAUCCCCGCCAAAAGCUCCAAAUCCGCCCAUCCUAGCCCUCCUCCAUUUGUGGCAUGACUCUUUAGAAAAGCUUCCGGAUGAGGUUGCAAAAUCCGCUAUCUCGUCAUUUGCAGCUGUUAUAAAAACCAUAGAACUACAUCAAGAAGAAGAGAUGAAGCUGAAGGAGAAGUGCGAUGAAACCAGAAAAGAGUUCCUCCGAAAAAGUCAAGCAUUUGAUGACUGGUAUCAAAAACACAUGCAGCGCAGAAACCCAACUGAUGAAAAUGAAGCUGAUAGAGGCGAUGAUGCAAAUCUGAAAGAUCCAGUAACCGAGAGGCAAUUUGUUGUGGAUAGCUUGAAGAAGAAAUUGGAAGAAGAAGUUGAAGCUCAUCAAAGACAUUGCCUUCAAGUGAGAGAGAAAUCACUCGGAAGUUUAAAGAUUCGCCUGCCUGAGCUAUUUCGUGCAAUGUCAGACUAUGCUCAUGCCUGUUCCGAUGCUUAUGAGAAAUUGACGGCCCUCGCUCACUCGCAGAAUUCAGCUCGUGGACAUCCAUAAUAAUGUAAGCUCUGUUCAGUUAGUAAAUUAAUCCUUUCAACUUGAACCCUAGCCAACUGUAGGUUACGUCCCAGACUAUAUAUAUAUAUUGGUAGGAUGUUGAAUAUAUUUAUUUCUUCUUGUAUGGAAAAUUUUCUGCUUUUA